GUCAGGAAGCAGUAAGUACAGGGCUUGUGGAGGUGACCGAAUGGGAGAUAGCAGGUUUAUUUUGUAUGGUUGACACAAAACGAGCAGCUAAACCACAAGUGAAGGCUUAUUUUGCAUUUAGUAUUUGCAGUAUAGUCGAGGAAUACUGUCGCCAACAUGGGGUCUCACCUCGUGCGAAGCUAUAUCACGGACACCGACACUACACCAGACCCAAAAAAACCGUUCACGUCUGAUCCGAUGUUCGGGUUUGAUGAGCGGAAGGAGAGAGAACCGGUUGCGACGCAGGAGCAGAUGAAUUUGGCUAUGUUGCCCGUGGAGCAGCGAGACUACUGCGCGCAUCAUCUCAUCAAACUCAUGAAGUGUAAGAGAGACAACUGGCCCAACUUCCUGGCCUGUAAACACGAGAGACACGACUGGGACUACUGCGAGCACCAGGACUAUGUGAUGAGGAUGAAGGAGUAUGAGCGGGAGAGGAGACUCCGACUGAGGCAGAAGAGGAUUCAAGCUCAGGAAGCAGCGUAACCACGCCCCCUUCUUCACAGAGCCCCACCCACCUCCCCAUCCAUUGUCUCUGUUUAUGUAUAUACCUGCUCUCUGCAAUAAAGAGUAUCUUCUCAACCGA